GAAAAGGAGGGAGAGAGGGAGAGGCGCGCACGUUAGCAUUCCCUGGAGCUGGGCGAAUUUUCGAGUUGAGAAAUCGCAGGCAUUGUCUCUGAGAGUCCUUUCAAAUUGCAAUUGGCUAACUCUGCAAUUUUCUUAUGAGAUUGAAGGAGCCGGAUUCUGUGAAAUUGGUUCACGCAUGGCAGAGACCUGAGAGUUUCUUGCGACGUAGGUAAUUUCAUUUGUCACUGCAUAAGCUCGUCCACAUUUAUGUUGUUGGCGGUGCAUUGCAGGAAGAACUGGGCGGAAUUCGAAUAUAACUUUGGGGAUUAGAGGUCUCAAGACAUUCUUAGGGUUUCUUUGGUACGGUCGGUGUGAUUGAGCUGGUUUGGAGCUGAAUGUUACUGCCGGAGGGUCUUCCGAGGACGUUCUAAGGAGUACUUGCUGUCGUACUAAUGAAUACAGGGGUGUUUUGGGUCGAGCUCAUGAGCUGCGACCCUUUGCUAUGAGGUGCCUUUCAUAGCUAUGGGGUAGAUUAAAGAGCUCUUUCCUUACAUUUUUAUCAAUUUUAGUCAAGUGUUCCAAUUUUCAUGGGGAGAGUCUUGGCAUUACCUUAUGGUAUCCUUUUUAUUCCGGGCUGUUGUUCAAAUGGGUAUUGGUUCCGCUUCUGCCAAGCACGUGACAUUGCAACUUGAAUGGCUGAUCUUCAGAGAACGGUCUUUGGCGAUAGGAAUAUCGAACAGGCAAUUACAUCUCUUAAGAAAGGUGCAUAUCUACUAAAGUAUGGGCGUAGGGGAAAGCCAAAGUUCUGCCCAUUUCGGCUUUCCAGUGAUGAAUCUGUACUCAUUUGGUAUGCUGGAAAGGAUGAGAAACAACUAAAGCUCAGUGCUGUUUCAAAAAUCAUUCCUGGCCAGAGAACUGCCAUAUUUCAGCGGUACCCUCGGCCUGAAAAGGAGUAUCAAUCGUUUUCACUGAUAUACAAUGAUAGAUCCUUGGAUUUGAUUUGUAAGGACAAGGAUGAAGCUGAAACCUGGUUUGUUGGGCUUAAGGCAUUAAUUACCCGGGGUAAUGAUCAGAAAUGGAGGUAUGAAUCAAGAAGUGAAAGUGCUGGUUCUGAUAGUCCACAGCAUCGCGCCCAACAAAAUCCUCCAUUGAUUGCAUCAUUUGACACUGUAGAUACUGAAGAAUUUUCUUUUGACAGUACUUCAGAAAAUAGAUUGGGAAAGGCUUUCUCUGAAAUUAUUUCAUACACUGCAGCUGGCAAGAGUCCCGGUCAAGCUGAAUCGAAUGCAAAUUCCUGUGUGUCUCCUGGGUCUGGGGAUAACUCAAACAAUCGAAGUUCUACUGCUGAACCAAUUCGAGUUAGUUUAUCCAGUGCCGUAAGUUCAUCCAGCCAUAGUUCUUAUCAAGAAGAUUUUGAUGCUAUAGGUGAUGUCUUUAUCUUUGGAGAAGGUAUGGGUGAUGGAAUCCUUGGUGGUGGUUUGCAUAGACUUGGAACUUCAUCUGGUUCUGAGAUGGAUGCAUUUCUCCCCAAGGCUUUGGAAUCAAAAGUAGUUCUGGAUGUUCAGAGUAUUGCUUGUGGUUACAAACAUGCUGCUUUAGUUACCAAGCAAGGAGAGAUAUAUAGUUGGGGGGAGGAAUCAGGAGGUAGGCUAGGGCAUGGCGUAGAAAUGGAUGUUUCUCACCCUAAACUCAUUGACACUCUUAAUGGCAUGAACAUUGAAUUAGUAGCAUGUGGAGAGUAUCACACUUGUGCUGUCACAUUUUCUGGGGAUCUUUAUACGUGGGGUGAUGGUAUUCAUAAUUCUGGAUUACUUGGGCAUGGAAAUGAAGUCAGUCACUGGAUUCCCAAGAGAGUAAGCGGUAACAUGGAAGGUGUACAUGUAUCCUAUGUAUCUUGUGGACCUUGGCACACAGCGAUUGUGACAUCUUCUGGCCGGUUGUUCACAUUUGGGGAUGGAUCUUUUGGUGCCUUAGGUCUAGGAGAUCUUAGUAGCACAAAUACUCCUAGGGAAGUAGAAACUUUGACAGGGUUGAGAACAACCAGGGUCUCCUGUGGUGUUUGGCACACUGCUGCUGUUGUUGAGGUGGCAACUGAAUCUAUGGAAUCUUCUAGAAACUUACCUAUGGGAAAACUGUUCACCUGGGGUGAUGGAGAUAAAGGCCAACUUGGACAUGGUGAUAGCGAACCUAGAUUAAUUCCCCAGCGUGUUAUUGCAUUGGAUAAUCAAAAUAUUUGUCAAGUGGCUUGUGGUCACAGUCUCACUGUUGCUUUGACAGCCUCAGGACAUGUAUAUACAAUGGGCAGUACUGCUUAUGGGCAGCUUGGCAGUCCAGCGGUUGAUGGAAAAUUCCCUACACGGGUUGAAGGUAAAAUUGCCGGUAGUUUUAUAGAAUAUAUUGCCUGUGGUUCAUAUCAUAUUGGAGUUCUGACUUCCAAAGCAGAAGUUUACACGUGGGGAAAGGGUUCUAAUGGGCAGCUAGGUCAUGGAGACAAUAGUCACCGAGAUGCACCUACACUUGUUAAGUUUUUUAAAAAUAAGCAAGCGAGGAGUGUUGUUUGUGGUUCAAACUUCACUGCUGUUAUAUGUCCUCAUAAAUGGGUAUCAAGUGCUGACCAAUCUGUGUGUUCUGGCUGUCACAAUCCUUUUGGAUUCAGAAGAAAACGUCAUAAUUGUUACAACUGUGGACUUGUUUUUUGUUCAGCAUGCAGCAAUAGAAAAUCUACUAAAGCUUCUCUUGCUCCAAAUUCAAACAGGCCAUAUCGUGUUUGUGAUGACUGUUAUUCCAAACUUAAGAAGACCACAGAAUCUGUUUCCUUGACGAAAACUUUUACAUUAAAAAAUUUGCCUGACUCUUGGGCUGGUAAACUACAGGAAAAACUAUUAAGACUUUCAUCGUUUGGCUCUACUGCUCAAGCAGAAAGCAGGCACUCAAAGAUCCCAGAACCACAUCAUAGCCAUGUUUUUCCAGCUCUGAAUGGCAAACUACAGUUGGGGGGAUUCAGUCCUCUAAACGCAUCAAAUUCUCUUGCUGGAGCAUUAGAGAAGCCCCUGUCAGUUUCUGUGCCCGCAAGUGGUUUGAACUCUGAAGCUUCAUCUCCAGUUUCAGAAAAAUUGAGCCCACGGUUGUCUUCUGAAGAUGUCCAUGAUGAUUCAAAGCACAGAAACAGCAUUUUAAGCCAGGAGGUUAUAAGUUUAAGGGCACAGGUUGAAGAUCUUACUCUUAAAUCCAAGCAUCUUGAGGCUGAACUUGAGAGGACAUCAAAGCAAUUAAAGGAAGUGACUGCAGUAGCAGCAGAAGAAGCUGAGAAGUGUAAAUCUGCUAAAGAGGUUAUAAAGUCAUUGACUGCUCAGUUGAAGGAAGUGGUACACAGAGUGCCACAGGGAGGUAUUGCAAACUCUGGUGUAGACUUCUCUGCUGAAAUCACCUCUAAUGUUCUAAAUCAAUCUUUAAACGAGAGCCACAUAACAGAGAGUAUCACUGCUGAAACUGAGUCCAACAGCAAUGCAGAAAAUGGGAUACUGCCUAGUAUUUCCAAAGCACAGAGUGGAAAGUCAGAGUGGGUGGUGCAAGAUGAACCAGGUGUAUACAUAAGUUUGUCCUCCUUGCCAGGUGGUGGUAAUGAACUUAAACGCGUGCGUUUCAGUCGGAAACAUUUCACAGAACAGGAAGCUGAAAAGUGGUGGGCUGAAAAUGGGACCAAAGUAUUGGAGCGCCACAAUGUAGUUGCUACGUAGAAUGCGGCAAGCAACAGGACAUGUUUCCUUGGACCAACAGAAAACUUCAUACAACCAGUAUUUCUGACCCGCUGGAAAUUGUAAAUUCUCUUAUCUUCUCCUUCUCAUUCUCCUCCUCUCCUGAAAUUGAAGGUUCGUGUUGUCUGUAGAAUAUGAAAAUUAGAUGAAGACAUAGGAAGACCUUUUAAUAUUCCCGAAAAUUGUAAACUGAGAUGGGGAAAAUUAAAAAGCAAAGAUGAGGAGGAAGAUGCAUUUUUUUGUACCCAUUGUUGAGUAUUAGCUGCAUCUUAGCCGUGUGUACUUAUUUGUCUAUUAAACAGAGCGAAUGCCUGGGGAGCAUCUGUUUCAUUCCCUCCGGCCUAUUGUAUAGCAGACGAAAUUGAAACUUCUAGACUUUGUUAUCAGGUUUUAUUAAACAUAGUAUGACAAGCAGAUCUGUCUUACGACUUAGUU